CCCAUCCUCAUUGGAACAGCGAUCCGGUCUGUCAAUGGCGCAACUCAGACCAUUCUCGGUGGAGAUAGUGGCCUCCGAUUGGUGCUUUUUGCUACAGUGGUUUAUAUGGGAAAAGCGGUAUCGGCAGCAAUUUACCAACAUCAAGUGAAUAGGCUGCGGGUUAUGGUUCGGGGAGCUUUGAUAGGUCUCAUUCACCAUCAGUCUCUUCAUUUGCCAAAUGAGAAUUCUCAAGGCUCAACCGCAUUAGCUUUGACUAGCUCAGAUAUUGACAGCAUCGAAUCUGUGGCCUGUUCACGGAUGAGUGCUUAUGUUGCAAAGCACUUGGAGAAUCGCCAGAAAAGCUGGAACGUGGCAACGCAGAACCGGCUUGCCGCAACAACCGCAGCUAUAGAAGGAAUGAAGAGCUUGAAGAUGAUGGGCAUGGAGGAUGCAAUUCAGUUUCAGGUAUUGCAUUUGCGAACCAAUGAGAUCCAAAAGUCAAAGCGCCUACGGUGGAUUCUGGUCGCCUACAAUGCAAGUGCAAAUGCACUUGGGAUCCUCGCUCCAGUCUUGACCCUCAUUCUCUUCCUCUGGUCCUCUCAAGGCGAUCGAAUGCAGGCCGACCAGACCUUUACAUCUCUUGCACUUCUAGCCAUGGUUACACAUCCAGCCAACAUGGUCAUGACUCUUAUUCCGCAGGCAAUUUCUGUUAUGGCAAACUUUGACCGUGUUCAGACCUUCGUUGACCAAAGUUCCAUUCAAGACGCGCGAGAAGUCUCUCAGGGCGGCAGUGCUCAACAAUUCGUUUCAAUGCAAAAUGUAACAGUAGCGCCUCCUCCGGUACCCCAUCCUAUACUCUGCGGUGUUGAUUUAGCAAUCACAAGAGGGGAAAUUGUGAUUUGCGCUGGCACCGUUGGAAGUGGGAAAUCAACUUUAGCAAUGGCUGUUCUCGGAGAAGCCACUGCUACCACUGGUUCGAUAUGCCUACCUUCUAAGGAGAUUGCAUAUUGCGCUCAAGAGCCGUGGUUGCCUAGCGUCACUAUCCGUGAAGCUAUAUCAGGACAUAUCGUUGGCCUGGAUAUCGAAUGGUAUAAUACUGUGAUCGAAGCAUGCGGUUUGGUGCCAGACUUCGAUUCAUUUGUCGCUGGUGACAUGGCACUGAUAGAGAACAAUGGAAUGAAUCUCUCUGGGGGGCAAAAACAGCGUAUAGCUCUGGCCCGAGCAGUUUACUCGAAAUAUAGAAUGCUUGUCCUAGACGAUCCGUUCAGUGCUCUUGAUGAAGCUGUGACAGGUCACAUUGUGCGAAGGCUGUUGGGCCCCCGAGGUCUAUUUCGAAAAAUGGCGACUACAGUGCUUUUAGUCAGCAACUCCAGUGGGUUCAUACAUCUGGCGAUCAGAAUAUUUUCGAUUUCAGACCGAGUGUUGCUCCUACAGGAUUCAAGGCUACAUCACCAUAUCCACCUUGAAGAUUCGAAAACCUCUUUCGGAGAUCUUGCAUUGCCUACAAAGGUCUCACACAGCCCUAAUCGACCAAAGGAGGUUAGAGCUUUUGCGAAGAGCCGGAAUCUACAUCUAGGCGAUGCUGAAGAUGAUAGCUUCCGGAGGACUGGGGACCGAGCCGUAUAUGGGUAUUAUAUCAACGCAAUCGGCCAGUCAAAUAUUCUUCUUUUGAUUAGUUGUACGGCUGUCUAUUCAUUUUGCUCUACAUUUGCUCAGUAUGUUCUCAAAUGGGCGACAGAGUCUCCCCCAGACAGAUUGAAGAUUAAUAUGUCCUUUUAUGCCGCACUAUCGUUCUUGGGAUGGGUGGCAACUAGUGGGACCGUGUGGGCCACUCAAAUGAAAGUUGCUGUCAGUUCAGGAGAAUUUUUACACGCACAGCUUCUUGAUCGAAUCCUGCAGGCGCCUCUGUCUUACUUCACUGGAACUGAUAUCGGUGUUAUUCUGUUGAUGCAGUUGGCGCUACUUUUGAAGAUCCGACCAAUGAUGACUCUCACUUUGCCCGUCUGCGCCAUAUGCGUUUAUUUCAUCCAACGGAUAUAUCUUCGGACAUCUCGACAACUACGCUUCCUUGAGCUAGAGUCAAAAUCACUUUUGUUCACGAACUUUCUAGACACGGCGAAUGGCAUUGUUACAAUUCGAGCCUUUGGAUGGAAAGAGAAAUUCGAGAACGACAAUUCGAAAGCCUUGGACCUGUCUCAAAAGCCAUUCUAUCUUCUUCUUUGUCUACAGUGCUGGCUAAGGAUGAUAUUAGAUUGUGUUAUCACGGGUUUUGCAGUUAUUCUGAUUGCUUUCACAAUCUUUUAUCGAAGCACUACAGCCGGUGCCGAUCUUGGUUUGGCUCUAAACUUGAUAAUUGUCGCAAACACCACGCUACUAAAGCUUGUGCAGUCCUGGACAUCGCUUGAGACUUCUUUAGGGGCCAUUGCUCGAUUGAAAAGCAUACAAGAACAUCUGCCAACUGAAGAUAGCACUAGUUAUUCGAAGACCUCGCCACUUGCCCUACAAAAUAUUUGCCUCAACGUCAAGCCUGGCCAAAAGACCAUCGUUGUGGGCCGAACGGGAAGCGGUAAAAGCACAUUGAUGCUUUCUUUGUUACAACUUCUCGGGCCUAGUCAGGGAUCUACAUCGAUCGACGAUAUCAACGUCACCCGUCUAUCCCAGAGAACUGUGCGAAAACGUGGGUUCAUUGCAGUGCCACAAGACGGGCUGAUAAUUUCAACGGCAAGUCUACGCUUCAAUCUAGAUCCUUAUCACACCAGCUCAGAGCAGGAAAUAUCCCUGAGUCUCCAAAGGACAGGUCUUUGGGAGAAGAUCCAUUCAAUAGCCGGUUCGGCUGAUAAGGCAGGCGCGAGUCUCCCAAUUCGAAGCCUGCUCGAUCUUCCUAUGUCAUCAUUUCUGCCACUCUCAGCUGGACAACUUCAAUUGUUUGCCUUAAGCCGAACACUGCUACGGAUAUGGUGUUCCGCACCACACAAGCCGAUUGUUGUCUUGGAUGAAGUCAGCUCUUCGUUAGACUCAAAAACAGAGUCUAUUCUGAUAGAUAUUCUUCGACAUGAUCUCCAAGAUUAUACUGUGAUUAUUAUUACACACCGUGUUGCUGGUAUCAUGGGUGCUAUGAGACCUGGAAUUGAUGCAAUUGCAACCAUGCAAGAUGGCAGACUCCAAACUGUGUCCAUUAUCGGCAGUUCUGGUUGA